AUGAUGGUCCCUCACCGGAGCACGGCUCUCAUUACCAUCAUCGUCUUUGUUGCCCUUGUCUUGGUUAUCUUCUCCUCCUCUCCAGUAACCGACCCAUCGACUGGUGAGGAAGUCUCCGGUCCGGCCAAAUAUGUCCCUCACCCGAAACUUCCUUCGUUAAAUAACCUGCAUCUGCCAUCGUUUCACCCGACAGUGCAUACCCCUCCGGAACCGCAACCCAACAGCACCAGCGGCGAGUCCAAGUGGUUCAGCGACUGGUCGUGGAUCAACCCUUUCUCGUCAUCUAUCACCCUCGAUGAGAACCGUUCCGUCCUCCCUCCUCUUAGAAAUCGCCCGUUCAUCUACACGUACUACGAGCCCAACAAAGGAAACGAUCGGGAGGAGGAUAAUGCGGACGCGCAGCUGCUUCUCGCCUGGCGCAGGGCUUGGUUUGCGCAGGGUUUCCGCCCCGUCAUUCUUGGCCCUGGGGAGGCCAUGAACAACCAGCUUUACGAGCUUGUCCAGCCAUUGAGUCUCAAGCCGGAACUUGAAAGUGAGCUGUUCCGGUGGCUAGCCUGGGGUCAUAUGGGUGAUGGUAUGCUUGCGGAUUGGCACUGCUUUCCCAUGGCCCGAUACGAUAAUGCUCUUCUCACUUAUCUGCGUCGGGGCACUGAUCCUGCCCUUAUCACCCGCUUCGAUGGCUUCGGGAAUGCCUUAUUCUCUGGGGAGAAGUCGCGUAUCAACGAUGCAAUCAAGGAAGCUAUGAACAAGGUGGAUGACAAGUCCACCUCUCUGAUCGAUCUUCUUCCGACCGAGUUCUUUAAGGUGGAAGAGCCUAGCGCUUUGGCUCUGUAUGACUCGGCUGCCAUUACUAGCCACUACCCUACAGUUGCUGAGAAGAUUGUCUCUUCGCCUACUGCUGGGCGAUUGGCCUUGGCUGAGUUGAUCAAUGCCCACUUGCACAACACCUUCCAAAACUCCUUCCCUGCAGGCGUUGCUGUAUUGAAGCCAUUUCCCGAGCAUACUACGGCUCUGGUGGAACCGGCCCUACGGCUUGCCAAAGCCCUGGUGCAAUGUCCUAGUUCUCCCGUUCCCCACUCGUGCCCUCCGAACUCGCCGAAAUGUCAUCCCUGCGAUGCCGAAAAGCCCAUGCAGGUCAGCCAGCCAGCGACCUACCGGAAUACGACCCAAGUUUUCACGAUCGGGACUCUGCCUCAUCCUUUUACGCUCAUUAGUCUGCAGCAGGAUUCCACCGAGGUCACAACGCGGCACAUUCGCCGCGAGACAGACCGUGAUGUAUGGUUGGCCGAAGUGACCAAAGAGCACCUCGGUACUGACAUCGGCGGUUCCGCGAGAGCUGUUGUGUUUAAGAGAGCCGUUGCCGAUGACGCCGUUGUGGGCACCUCACUAUGGAUGACUGUGGAGUCGCUGCCUCCUCAGGCCGGGCAGUCUCUGCCGUCCGAGCUCUUGGACGAGUUUGAGUGGCAGUUUGGUUUCAAGAUCCCUCGUGAUGGCAAGGUCGAUGCAAAGAAUGAAGAAGAGAAGAAGGAAUCCGUCCAACAGGCCAACCCUGGUGAGCAAGGUGUCGAGAAGGAGUAUGGCAUCCUGAAACAGGCACGAGAGUAUCUGAAGGGUAAAGAUACCAAUCGAAUUGGUAUCACUGAUGUGGCAGAGGCCUGGAACUUGGCGGACACGGAAGUCUGGCGUUUCGUGAGAGCAUACCGUGCGCGCAGCGUCGUGGAACGCAAGAAAUGGGAGGAAGAAGAAAAGGACUUCAUUGGAGCCAAGCCAAAAGUAUAAUUAAUGUCUUUGCUUAUCGCUCGUAUUUAUAGACAUUUUAUUGCUAGUACUUGUUGGUGUACAUUGCUUCUCUUCGCUUGAACGGUUUAUUUACUAUCUUUGCCUGGGUGGCUUCGGCCAGAGCAUUGGGAGCGGCGUUGAUCGAUACCUAUUCUUCUUUCUUGCUGUUGGUACUAGACCCGCAAUUUCUUACUAUAUAUUUUCUUGCUUUGCUAUUCCAUUUUCUAAUAGU